CUGAAUCAAAACCAAAACAACGUGCUGCGGAUUAAUAUUUUGUUUUUUUGUUAAAUAUAAAUAAAUUUAAAGAUGCCCCAAGGAAAAUUCAAGACAGCAAAGCUCCCUGCAGCUAUACAGAAACAGAAGAAACAAAAACAGGCUGCAUUCACCCGCCGUUCUAAUGCCCCAAUUCAGGCGAAAAAGGCGAAGUUUAAUGAGACCCAGAAGAUCAAGUCGGUUAUCUCCAAGUCGGUCAACAAAAGCGUGGAGAGCGAACUGCGAUCCCGCGCACACGAAGGAUACAUCCAGUUGAGCAAGGCGCAGGAGGCGGUGGCCAAGCACCACGCCUCCCAGGCGAAGGCUGCUGCAGCGGCCAGUACUGCCAAAUCCACAGAAUAGCCUAGUUUUAGCCGUUAAUAACAUGUUAAAAACCAAAUGACCUGCAUAUAGUAAUUCCCAAUUAAACUAAUUCAAACAAGAA